AUGAUAACGGUUCCUCAUACUCCUCCCCAUACUCCUCCACCAAGUAACUUCUUUCUGUGUUCCACUUGUGGAAGACAAUUCAAAAGUUCGCGAGGCUUAACACAACACACUAGGGUAAUUAAAAAAUAUAAUCAACGCCAAGGUCUUGAUGAUGUGCCUGCUAAUACAAUUUCCGAAUUUAAAGAAAUUUUGGUGAUGGAGAUACACAAAAAAUUGGUUUUAAAUUUUAGGUCUAUAGGAAAGAAGUUGGUAUCUAUACUAUGUCCUGAAACAAAAGGAAAUUACAAAUGUAUCUUUCAUGGUGAUGGUGCAUAUCAAAUUUUAAGUGAAAUUUUGAAUUCUGAUCAAUGGGGAAAAAAAGGUUAUUCGCAAAAACAAGAAACGUAUGUUGUAUGUUUGAAUCCUACUCCGUGGAAUUCUAAUUCACAUGAUCAAUCAGAAGAAAUAGAUCCUCUUGAGCAAUUGAUUCAUCAACAAUCUAAAAAUUACAAGAAAACUAGGCGGCCAAAAUUUUCGCGUGGGGAAAUUUUAGUGGAAUGGAAAAAACGUGUAUCAAGAGAAAUUAAUGGAAAUUUAUGUACAGCAGGGUAUAUAUAUUUCAAUUUUUAUAUUUCACAAUCCUUUGUAUUAUAG